CGCCGCCAUCGCCAUGGAUUACCGGGCGCUAGCUAUGAGCCAGGCCGUGCCCGGCCAGUUUGAUGAUGCGGAGUGCUCCGACGGUGAAUUUGCACAAGAAACAGAAAUAGCUGAAGAAGGUGAGGUCACCAACUGCCAGUCAAGCAUAUGUGAAGAAUUUAACACUGAGGAAGGAGAUGGUGAUGAUGACGAUGAAGAGGAAGAUGAAGACUGGGACUGGGAUGAUGAAGUGGGAAGACUCACAAAGUGCCACAGUACUGCUGGUGGAUGCAAUCCUCAGGCAAAUAGACAGACCCCUAGUUGCUAUUCAGCAAAAAUGUCUACCCCUACAGACAAGGCUUUAAGGAAAUUUGAACAUAAAAUUAAUUUAGAUAAGUUGAAUUUUGAUGACUCUGUUAUAAACAGAGUCACGGAAAAGUCUAGACAGAAGGAAGCAGACAUGUAUCGAGUCAAAGACAAGUCAGACAGAGCAACAGUAGAACAGGUGUUAGAUCCAAGGACCCGGAUGAUUCUGUUCAAGAUGCUAACUAGAGGUGUCAUAUCAGAAAUCAAUGGCUGCAUCAGCACAGGGAAAGAAGCUAAUGUGUAUCAUGCCAGUACUGCAAGUGGGGAGAACAGAGCAAUAAAGAUUUACAAAACAUCUAUCCUGAUGUUUAAAGAUCGGGAUAAGUAUGUGAGUGGUGAAUUCAGAUUUCGUCAUGGAUAUUGUAAAGGCAACCCAAGAAAAAUGGUGAAGACAUGGGCUGAAAAAGAAAUGAGGAAUUUAAUAAGGUUGAACACAGCCCAGAUACCUUGCCCAGAGCCAAUUAUGCUAAGAAGUCAUGUGCUUCUCAUGGGCUUUAUUGGUAAAGGUGAUAGGCCUGCUCCUCUGCUGAAGAAUGCUCAGUUAUCCGACUCCAAAGUUCGGGAGCUGUACCUGCAAAUCAUCCAAUACAUGAGAAGAAUGUACCAAGAUGCCAGACUUGUUCACGCAGAUCUCAGUGAAUUUAAUAUGCUGUACCACAGUGGGGAUGUGUACAUCAUUGAUGUGUCUCAGGCUGUGGAACAUGACCACCCACACGCACUGGAGUUCCUGCGUAAGGAUUGUGCCAAUGUUAAUGACUUUUUCCAGAAGCACCAUGUUGCAGUGAUGACUGUGAGGGAGCUGUUUGAGUUUAUCACUGAUCCUUCUAUCACAAGCGAGAACAUUGAUGACUAUCUGUCUAAGGCAAUGGAAAUAGCAUCCAAAAGAACAGAGGAGGAAAGAUCCAGCCAGGAUAAAGUGGAUGAGGAAGUGUUUAAGAAGGCUUACAUACCUCGAACUUUGACCGAUGUUAAAAACUAUGAGAGAGAUGUGGAUAUAAUGAUGAAAUUGAAAGAAGAGGACAUGGCACUGAAUGUUCAGCAAGAUAAUAUUCUCUACCAGACUGUGACGGGACUGAAGAAGGAUUUGUCUGGUGUUCAGGAGAUUCCUGCCCUUCUUGAAAAGAAGGCAGAUGUGUCAGAAACAGACUCUGAUGAUGAUGGCAGCUCAGAGUACCCUGAUUCAGGCUGUAAAGAAUCUGUACAUCCCAAAGAUAAACCUGCUGAAGUUGGCAUGGAUAAAAAGGAAAGGAAAAAGAUGGUUAAAGAAGCCCAAAGAGAGAAGAGAAAAAACAAAAUCCCAAAGCAUGUGAAGAAGCGGAAAGAAAAGACUGCAAAAAUGAAGAAAGGCAAAUAAAGUCAGCUUUGGCUUGGGGAAAGGGAUGGUUUGUUGUGGGUUAUUUAGUCACCAUCUUUUUAAAAAUUAAAAAUCCUUUAUUUAUAUACA